AUGCUCUUUUUCACUCUUUUUUUUCCUUUCUCUCACUUCUUGUGGCACCCAAUUCAUCCUGUUUUACAUUUACACUUCUCAUCAUCAUCAUAAACCCACCUUUCAUUCUUGUGAAUUUUUUUCCUUAUGUACUUUCAACUACAUCACUACCAAGGACAGAAGUUAGGUGUGAGUAAGCCCUUUCUAAGUAAUGGGUAUUGAUCAUGAACUAAAUAUUAUUGCUCUAUUAAAACUUUGGUUAUAAUCUUGUCAGUCCCUUUUUUUGUACAUUUUUCAUAUUCAAGGUGAUAUUUUUACUUCAACCCUCUUUGCAAAAUCCUAUCUUGCAGUCUUGUAUAGUCUAAAGUUUGCUAUUUGAGAGGUUAUAAGAGGGAAAGUAUGAAUCUUUCUCUUACAUAUGUCCUUAUUUUGUUGGUUUUGUGAUGGUGGGUAAGAAUGUAUAUUAGUUUGGGUCAGUUUUGAAUCUGGGUUUUGUUAAGUUUUAGUGUUUUUAAGUUUUUCUUGAAGAAUGGGUAAAAAAGGAAGAAUUUUUACUAAGUUGGUUCACUUGUUAGAGUAAGCCCAUUGAAUUUAGGAGAUUGAUAUAUAUAUGUGUAUGUUGCUUGGAUUUUUCCUAUUCAAUGCUCAAUCUUGUGAACUAGGCUUGUGUGAUGGAACCCCCAAAUCAUAUAAUAAGAUGUUUUCUAAGAUGGGUUUUGAAUUGGAAGGCUAAAUUUGUAGCAAAGUUUUUGAUAAUUGCUAUAAUUUCAGAUUUGUGGUGGUUGGUUUCUGGUUUAGGUUCUAUGUCAUCUAUAGCUGUUUCAUAUGGUGAAAGUGGUCCUGUAUUUUGUGGGUUAAAAUCAGAUGGGUCACAUUUUGCAGCCUGUUAUGGUGCAAAUGCAGCAAUACUUUAUGGAACUCCAGCCCAUCUGAGUUUUGUGGGUUUAACUGGGGGUGCUGGGUUUGUAUGUGGACUUGUAAUGGACACAUACCAACCAUAUUGUUGGGGAAGUAACGACUUUAUUCGAAUGGGCGUUCCUCAGCCGAUGAAUAAGGGAUCUGAGUAUGUUGAAAUCAGUGCUGGUGAUAAUCAUCUUUGUGGGUUAAGGAAACCUUUGACAGGAAAUCUUAGGAACACUUCAUUGGUUGAUUGUUGGGGUUAUAACAUGACUUCAAAUUAUGUAUUUGAAGGGGAAAUCAAGUCAAUAUCUUCUGGUGCAGAAUUCAAUUGUGGGUUAUUUGUUGAAAAUCAAACAGCAUUUUGCUGGGGUGAUGAGACAAGCAGCCAAGUAAUUAGGCUGCUACCUAUGAAGAUGAAGUUUCAAAUGAUUUCAGCUGGCGGGUAUCAUGUUUGUGGGAUUGUAGAAGGGGUGCAAUCUAGGGCUUAUUGUUGGGGGAAAAGUUUGAACAACAAUGAAGAGAUAUCAGUUGGUUUUUCAGGACAAGGAAAUGUAGAUAUCCCCCCAAAAGUAUCAUUCCUUUCCAUAGUUGGGGGAAAGUUCCAUGCUUGUGGAAUUCGAGAUUCAGAUCGAGGAGUUGUUUGUUGGGGUAGUUUCAUAGACAGAAGCAUACCGGCUCCAGGAGAUGCAAAGGUUUAUACAUUAGCUGGUGGAGACUAUUUCAGUUGUGGCAUACUGAUCCAAAAAUCUCUUACACCAAUGUGUUGGGGAUAUGGGUUUCCGACCUCUCUUCCAGUGGCAGUCUCCCCUGGUUUAUGCAAAACAGGAGCUUGUGAUGCUGGUUAUUACGAAUUUAAGCCAGGGCACGCAACGUGUAAGAACCCGAGUGGUCGUAUAUGUUUGCCUUGUUUGUACAACUGCCCAAAAGAUAUGUUUCCUACUGGUGGAUGUAGUGAAGAAAAUGAGAAUGAGUGUGCAUAUAACUGUUCAAGUUGCGCGUCAUCUGAGUGUUUGGCAAAUUGUUCAAGCAAAAUUGGUGGAAAGAAGUAUGGGUUUUGGGGAAGUCAGGUUGCAAUCAUAGUUGCAGAGGUUGUUUUUGGUGUGUUGUUGGUUACAGUAGUAUUUUUUAUAGCAGUAUUAUAUGUUCGAUACAGGCUUCGAAAGUGUGAAUGUUCGAAAAGAAGAGGGAAGAAUGGUUCAGGGUCGCCAAGGGAUAACCCGAAGAUAAGGCCUGACAUGAAGAUGAGAAGGGCUAAGGUUUUCAGGUAUGAAGAGCUGGAGAGAGCCACGAGUGGAUUCAAAGAGGAAACAAUAGUGGGCAGGGGAAGUUUCUCAUGUGUGUUCAAAGGGGUGUUGAAAGAUGGCACAAUUGUAGCUGUUAAGAGGGCUAUAGUCACCUCUGAUCAAAAAAAGAACUCCAAGGAAUUUCACACAGAACUCGAUUUACUGUCAAGAUUGAACCAUGCCCAUCUCCUGAAUCUGCUUGGAUACUGUGAAGAAGGGGAAGAAAGGGUGUUGGUUUAUGAGUUCAUGGCUCAUGGGUCUUUGCACCACCAUCUCCAUGGAAAAGACAAGUCACUUAAGGAGCAAUUAGAUUGGGUUAAGCGAGUCACUAUCGCUGUCCAAGCAUCACGAGGGAUCGAAUACUUGCAUGGUUAUGCUUGCCCUCCUGUCAUACACCGAGACAUUAAAUCAUCCAACAUUCUCAUUGACGAACACCAUAAUGCACGAGUUGCUGAUUUUGGACUUUCUCUCCUUGGCCCUGCAGACAGUGGUUCCCCCUUAGCCGAGCUCCCUGCAGGAACUCUCGGCUACCUUGACCCCGAGUACUAUAGACUUCACUACCUUACUACUAAAUCCGAUGUCUAUAGCUUUGGUGUUUUGCUCUUGGAAAUACUUAGUGGUAGAAAGGCCAUUGAUAUGCAUUUUGAACAAGGCAAUAUUGUUGAAUGGGCUGUUCCUCUUGUCAAAGCCGGCCAUGUUUCUGCCAUCUUGGAUCCUGUUCUUAAAUCUCCCCCACCCCCUCAGUUCCAAGCUCUCCGAAGAAUCGCUAAUGUCGCUUCUAAAUGUGUCCGUAUGAGAGGCAAAGAUAGACCAUCCAUGGACAAAGUCACUACCGCUUUGGAGCGAGCCCUUGCUCUUCUCAUGGGUACCCCUUCUAGUCACCAGCCCAUUCUACCUACUGAGGUUGUUCUUGGAAGCAGUAGAAUGCACAAGAAAUCUUCCCAACGAUCUUCUAAUCCUUCUGAAACUGACAUUGGCUCAGCCGAGGAUCAACCAUUCGAGUUUAGAGCACCCUCAUGGAUUACAUUUCCUAGCGUCACUUCUUCUCAGAGAAGAAAAUCUUCUGUUUCUGAAGCCGAUGUUGAAAAUGCCAAGCUUCCCGACACUAAAAACUUAGGUACCGCCACAAAUGGGGUCGAGUUGAAUAGCUUAGAAGAGGAAAUAGGACCUGCUUCUCCACAGGAAACCUUGUUCUUGAAGCAUAAUUUCUAGAAUGAAUUUCAUUACUAUUGUUUCUUGCAUAACUUUAUUCAUAUUUUUUCAAUCAUGUAAAGAAGAAUCAAGAAUGGGCAGAGAGAUCUAUGUAAUUCUUUUAGAAUUAUUAUUAUUAGAAUGAAUUAUUAUUAUAGCUUCUAUGAGCGGGAUAUAUUAGGUGUAAUGAUAUAUGAUGGGCCUAAAUUCAUAUAUUCCGAAGUAAAUCCUUCUUUUUAGGCAUCAAGCAACUACCUAGGCUUAGUU